UGAGCCAGCACAGAGUAAGGAGCCCUGAUUGGCUGAGAGGCCUGAGGCGACAGAUUCCGGAAAGGGGAAGAGCAGCCAACAUGGCGGCGGAGCGCGGUGCGGGCCAGCAACAGUCGCAGGAGAUGAUGGAGGUUGACAGGCGAGUGGAAUCUGAAGAGUCUGGUGAUGAAGAAGGGAAGAGGCCGAGCGGCGGCAUAGUGGCAGACCUCAGCGAGCAGAGCCUGAAGGAUGGGGAGGAGCAAGGGGAAGAGGACCCAGAAGGUACCAGGCCGAAAGGACAAGAGCUGCCCGUGGAUAUGGAAACCAUUAGCCUGGACAGAGAUGCAGAGGACGUUGAUCUGAACCACUACCGCAUUGGGAAAAUCGAGGGGUUUGCGGUGCUGAAGAAAGUAAAGAGUCUCUGCCUCCGUCAAAAUUUAAUUAAAUGCAUUGAAAAUCUGGAGGAGUUACAGAGUCUCCGAGAGCUGGAUCUUUAUGACAACCAGAUCAAGAAGAUUGAGAACCUGGAGGCGCUGACGCAGUUGGAGAUUCUAGACAUUUCUUUUAAUCUGCUGAGGAACAUUGAAGGAGUCGACAAGCUGACACGACUGAAGAAGCUCUUCUUGGUUAACAACAAAAUCAGUAAAAUCGAGAACAUCAGCAGCUUGCACCAGCUGCAGAUGCUGGAGCUGGGGUCCAACCGCAUCCGGGCGAUUGAAAAUAUUGACACGUUAACCAGCCUGGAGAGUCUGUUUUUGGGGAAGAACAAGAUCACUAAACUCCAGAACCUGGACGCACUGACCAACCUGACGGUCCUCAGUAUGCAGAGCAACCGGCUGACCAAGAUGGAAGGUCUGCAGAGCCUGGUGAACCUUCGAGAGCUGUACCUGAGCCACAACGGCAUCGAGGUCAUCGAGGGCCUGGAGAACAACAACAAACUCACGAUGUUGGACAUUGCGUCAAAUAGAAUCAAAAAGAUUGAAAACAUCAGCCAUCUGACAGAGCUGCAGGAAUUCUGGAUGAACGACAAUCUCCUCGAGAGCUGGAGCGACCUGGACGAGCUGAAGGCGGCCAAGGGCCUGGAGACGGUGUACCUGGAGCGCAACCCGCUGCAGAAGGACCCGCAGUACAGGCGGAAGAUCAUGCUGGCCCUGCCCACCGUGCGGCAGAUCGACGCCACCUUCGUCCGCUUCUGAGGCCAGCCGGCCGCUCGCCCGGCCCCUCUCUUCACAAGAACUUCCCAGCCACGGUUCUGCCCGCCUCUUGCUCCUCAAGCCGUCACUCUGAGCAGUCACAACCCAAUGGCAAUAAAAAGGCACUGAGUGAUAAGCGCCGCGUGUGACGCCCGCGCCGCUCUGGGCCGCCGUUGCCGCCGCCGCCGCCGCGGCGUUCUGGUGGUCGUCCCACCGUGGUGUCCCCGCCACGCCCGUCUCCGCCUUCCUGUCGGGGGUCUCGGCCCUCCUGAGAGGGGUGGGCCGGGGGUGUGAGGGCCGUGCCCCGGGUGGGGGCGCUUGCGGCCGCCUGGCUGCCCAGAGCUGUUUGGUCUUAUAGACCAGCUGCUGCCGGCCUCUUUCUAAUUGCAUGUAUUUAAAAACCAGAACCGUGGGCACAGGAUGGCCCCACCCUGCGCGCUGCGCCCAUCGAGGCUCCCUGACGGCGCCCCCGCUGACCGCGGCACGGGCCGCCCCACCUCGGCUCUCAGGGGCCGGGCCGCUGGAGGAGACGCCUCCCAAGCGCACGGCUGCCCAGGUCGCUGGCCGUGCGAACCCGCCUGAGUCUCUGUGCAAGACCUUCUCCAAAGAGCCCACCUCCUGGCAGCUGCCGACGUCGCUGCCCGGCCUUUCACCAUCGUGUGGGCCUGUUUCUUAGAAAAUUUCCGUGGACGGUCACCCAGGGUCUCUCCGGGGCCUCAGAUUUCCCUUCUGCAGAAAGAACACUGCAGGAGUCACGGUCACCAGGGUCCCUUCUCCAAGGUUCUAGAGCUGCCCUGUCCAGUGUGGGGGCCACUCACCGCACGUGUGGCUGCUUCAGUUCAAACUAAAAUUUGUUAAAGUGAAAUAAAAAGUCAGUCCCUC